AUGCAGCUCACGAACUUGACUCUGGCUUUAGCAGCGGCUCUUUCUAUGGCCAAUGCGUACGCCAUCAGUGGCAGUGAAGUGAACUGUCGUACUGGUCCCUCGACAAAUGAUGAAGUUGUCACAACAUACGCAAAGGGUCAUGACGUCUCGAUCACUUGCCAGACUUAUGGCGAAGAGGUUGAGGGAAGCACUAUCUGGGACAAGACUUCUGAUGGCUGCUAUGUCACCGACUACUACGUAAAGACGGGCUCGACCGGCAUGGUCACCGAUGACUGCAGUGGUGGUAGCUCUGGUGGGGGCAACUCAUCCUACAACGGCCAGAUCAGCCGUGAGGAGAUCAUCUCCCGCGGUCAAUUUUGGGUCUCACGCCACAUUCCAUACUCUAUGAGCGCCUACUACCCGGACCCUGACGGCCGAAAAUACCGCACUGACUGCUCUGGCUUCGUGAGCAUGGCUCUCCACGCAAGUUCGCCAGGCUAUAGCACCGUCAGCCUCCCGGAGGUCGCUGAGGCUAUCUCUUGGGACGACCUUCAGCCCGGCGACUUUGUUGGUACCCUGGGAGCCGGCACUGGCGGUGCUGCUGGUCACGUCACUCUUUUCCAUUCAUGGGCUGACAGCUCCAAGAAGGAGUACAAUACGCUUGAAUGCCGCGGAACCUACGGCUGCGUCGCGUAUAAGCGCCCUGUUAGCUGGAAGGAUGGCAGCUUCACCGCCAAGCCUUACCGAUACACUCGCGUUAUGGACUAA